UGUGGCAUUGGUCGGAGGAUUGUCCUCUUCAUCAUUUACCUGCACUUCAUACGGAUACCCUAGUCCAAACAUAGAAUGGUACCAUGAUGGUGUUCAGCUUCCACACUCUCAGAUCAAUACAACCAUGACCUCGUCUGGAAAUAGAACUUCUCCAGCAUCUUAUACCAGCAUACUUCCUUUGACGAAUGUGAAAUAUGCUGACCGUGGGCACUACACAUGUGUGAGCAGUGUCAACAAUACUGGAUUUGAUGGCCGAAGUCACAUGAUACGUAAUGUCAAUGCAACCGUAAAGCUGUCUAUCUUGGUUCCUCCUCAAAUCUCAACGGGACCCAAUAAUGUGGCAUUGGUCGAAGGAUCGUCCUCAUCAUUUAUCUGCACUUCAUACGGAUACCCUAGUCCAAACAUAGAAUGGUACCAUGAUGGUGUUCAGCUUCCACACACUCAGAUCAAUACAACUAUGACCUCGUCUGGAAAUAGAACUUCUCCAGCAUCUUAUACCAGCAUACUACCUCUAACAAAUGUGAAAUAUGCUGACCGUGGGCACUACACAUUUGUAAGCAGAGUGAACAAUACUGGAUUUGAUGGCAGCAGUCACAUGAUACAUACUGUCAAUGCAACCGUAAUGCUGUCUAUCUUGGUACCUCCUCAAAUCUCAACGGGACCAAAUAAUGUAGCACUAGUUGAAGGAUCGUCCUCUUCAUCAUUUACCUGCACUUCAUACGGAUACCCUAGUCCAAACAUAGAAUGGUACCAUGAUGGUGUUCAGCUUCCACACACUCAGAUCAAUACAACUAUGACCUCGUCUGGAAAUAGAACUUCUCCAGCAUCUUAUACCAGCAUACUACCUCUAACAAAUGUGAAAUAUGCUGACCGUGGGCACUACACAUUUGUAAGCAGAGUGAACAAUACUGGAUUUGAUGGCAGCAGUCACAUGAUACAUACUGUCAAUGCAACCGUAAUGCUGUCUAUCUUGGUACCUCCUCAAAUCUCAACGGGACCAAAUAAUGUAGCACUAGUUGAAGGAUCGUCCUCUUCAUCAUUUACCUGCACUUCAUACGGAUACCCUAGUCCAAACAUAGAAUGGUACCAUGAUGGUGUUCAGCUUCCACACACUCAGAUCAAUACAACUAUGACGUCGUCUGGAAAUAGAACUUCUCCAGCAUCUUAUACCAGCAUACUACCUCUAACAAAUGUGAAAUAUGCUGACCGUGGGCACUACACAUUUGUAAGCAGAGUGAACAAUACUGGAUUUGAUGGCAGCAGUCACAUGAUACAUACUGUCAAUGCAACCGUAAUGCUGUCUAUCUUGGUACCUCCUCAAAUCUCAACGGGACCAAAUAAUGUAGCACUAGUUGAAGGAUCGUCCUCUUCAUCAUUUACCUGCACUUCAUACGGAUACCCUAGUCCAAACAUAGAAUGGUACCAUGAUGGUGUUCAGCUUCCACACACUCAGAUCAAUACAACUAUGACGUCGUCUGGAAAUAGAACUUCUCCAGCAUCUUAUACCAGCAUACUACCUCUAACAAAUGUGAAAUAUGCUGACCGUGGGCACUACACAUUUGUAAGCAGAGUGAACAAUACUGGAUUUGAUGGCAGCAGUCACAUGAUACAUACUGUCAAUGCAACCGUAAUGCUGUCUAUCUUGGUACCUCCUCAAAUCUCAACGGGACCAAAUAAUGUAGCACUAGUUGAAGGAUCGUCCUCUUCAUCAUUUACCUGCACUUCAUACGGAUACCCUAGUCCAAACAUAGAAUGGUACCAUGAUGGUGUUCAGCUUCCACACACUCAGAUCAAUACAACUAUGACGUCGUCUGGAAAUAGAACUUCUCCAGCAUCUUAUACCAGCAUACUACCUCUAACAAAUGUGAAAUAUGCUGACCGUGGGCACUACACAUUUGUAAGCAGAGUGAACAAUACUGGAUUUGAUGGCAGCAGUCACAUGAUACAUACUGUCAAUGCAACCGUAAUGCUGUCUAUCUUGGUACCUCCUCAAAUCUCAACGGGACCAAACAAUGUAGCACUGGUUGAAGGAUCGUCCUCUUCAUCAUUUACCUGCACUUCAUACGGAUACCCUAGUCCAAACAUAGAAUGGUACCAUGAUGGUGUUCAGCUUCCACACACUCAGAUCAAUACAACUAUGACGUCGUCUGGAAAUAGAACUUCUCCAGCAUCUUAUACCAGCAUACUACCUCUAACAAAUGUGAACUAUGCUGACCGUGGGCACUACACAUGUGUGAGCAGUGUGAACAAUACUGGAUUUGAUGGCAGCAGUCACAUGAUACAUACUGUCAAUGCAACCGUAAUGCUGUCUAUCUUGGGUAAGAUAUUUUCAGCCGCAGUGUUUCUGGGCAUCGGCGGCAACAACCUCGGCUCGUUGGGACGCAAUCGACCAAAGCCUCUGGAGCCUGCACCUGAUCCGGGCACCCCGCCCAUCAUGUUCGCGCUGCACAACGCACCAAUGAGCGUUGAUCAGGCGGCGGUCCCCUCAGUGGCAGAUGUGGUCCAAACCGCGUCCAACACCGUCACCCAUCACCCGCCGCAGGUCGACUCCGGCCCCAUGGACAUUUCCCUCAUGCAACCCGCGCUGCCUCCGAUGGCAGCGCCCAUGGCGAUCACUCUUGAGUCCAGCUCUAUUGUUCCCACGGUCCCGCGUAAGUUGCUCGACAAAAUCACACGCGGCGAAUAUAUUAACGGCGGCAACAACCUCGGCUCGUUGGGACGCAAUCGACCAAAGCCUCUGGAGCCUGCACCUGAUCCGGGCACCCCGCCCAUCAUGUUCGCGCUGCACAACGCACCAAUGAGCGUUGAUCAGGCGGCGGUCCCCUCAGUGGCAGAUGUGGUCCAAACCGCGUCCAACACCGUCACCCAUCACCCGCCGCAGGUCGACUCCGGCCCCAUGGACAUUUCCCUCAUGCAACCCGCGCUGCCUCCGAUGGCAGCGCCCAUGGCGAUCACUCUUGAGUCCAGCUCUAUUGUUCCCACGGUCCCGCUGCCCAAGAACAACGGGAAACUCCACCUCAUUCACCACCUGUCUUACCCUGAUCGUAUGUCUGUCAAUGAUGGAAACAACAAGGACUCGUUCUCCCUACAUUAUGUCACAGUGGACGAUGCCAUUGAGCUUCUGCAACGUCAAGGUACCGGUGCCUUGAUGGCGAAGCUCGACAUACGCAAUGCAUUUCGACUGGUCCCUGUCGCGCCCACUGCAUACCAUUUGUUGGGUUUCCAGUGGCAGGGCCAAUUCUACUAUGACAAACGUCUGAACGUAGUCCUCUCCGUAUUCCGCUACCUGGGAGUUCCCAUUGCCGACGAAAAAACAGUCGGCCCAACCUCCUGUCUCACCUUCCUGGGCAUCGAAUUGGACUCCGUCCAGAAAGUGGCUCGUCUCCCACAGGACAAGGUUGACGACAUCCGCUUCAGACUAUUGGCCUUUCGCCAACGCCAAUCCUGCCGUCUACGGGAGCUUGAACAGCUGUUGGGCAAGCUGAACUUUGCCAGCCGCGUCAUUACGCCGGGCCGUACAUUCAUGCGCCGACUGUAUGAUGCCAUGCUCAACGUUUCCAAGCCCUACCACCGCAUCCGUCUCUCUCCAGAAUGUCAUCUGGACCUGCUUUGGUGGUCUCACCUACUCGAUGGCUUGAAUGGCAAGUCAUUCUUCCUCGAUCUCCAGGAGACGCUGGCCAGCGACAUCCUAAUAGAAGCUGACGCAUCUGGCGCCAUUGGGCAUGGCGCAGUUUACGGCACGCAUUGGUUCGCUGACACCUGGUCACCACAACACACUCCGCUCUGCAUUACGUUCAAGGAUCUGUAUCCCAUCUCCAUUGCAUGUGCUACGUGGGGCCACCAGUGGUGUCGCCAGCGUAUCCGCUUCCAUACCGACAACGAAGAUGUCACCGCUGUUCUCAAGUCAGGCACCAGUCGCUGCCCUAAUGUGAUGUCACUCCUACGGCGGCUCUUCUUCAUCUGCGCCAAGGGUAACUUUAUGGUCACCGCCCGUCACAUACCUUGA